AUGAAGCGGCCAUUUUCUUCGCUCCAAACCCGAGACGAAGGCAAUAGAACUUUGAGCAAAAGAGGCCUUGCGCGCCAAGCUCCAAGGGCUUCCCAAGCAUGUCAAUCUUGUGCAACUUCCAAAGUUCGCUGUGAUGAUUUGCAGUCUUGCCGUCGUUGUGUCAAACGCCGUGUCCCAUGCAUUCGCUCGACUUCAUUCAGCCAAGAUCAUAAGAGCUCCCCUGAAAACGAGGUGAAUGAUGCAGAUAGCCAAGCCUCGGGAGAUGGGAUUGCUCAUGAGGCCUAUGAUCGUCCCCAACACGGAACUGACGGGGAACAUCUCGUCAGCAAGAACAAGGCUAAGGCUCUCGUGUCUGUCGAAAAUAUCUACCAAGACGUAGCACUAACUUUCAACCCCCCAACACUGGGCGAAGAGCAUACCAUGCCAGCGUUCGAUGACGCAUGGACUUGGGAUCAAUCUUUUGACGCAUCACUCAUUGAAGCCACGGACUGGCUGAGAUCAUCUUCAUGCAGCGCCGAUUUGGAUCCUUCGUUCCUUCUCCCAGCUUCAUCUUUCGGACUACGCCAUAGCCAUGGCAACAUCAAAAUCGGCGAUAUGGCAACACCAACAAUGCCAACGCCAGAGUCUCUGUUCGAUCAGGAUAAAGCCAGAUUUGAAAAGGCCUUGGAAACUCAUGUCACGAAUCUGGGAAGUGGGAAGCUGACCUCAGAGGAUUGUUUGGCGACUUCAAAAGCAGCCAUGUGCAUCCCAAUUCCCAGCUCAGAUCUCACCAACGAUGCUUUAGGUCACUUUGAUCCCAAAGUGAUCGAUGGAACUCUAUCUAGUUCACAAAGAGACGAGAUUAUCAUUGCGAUGAGUGAAGGAUCUACUUCGUCUCAAGCCUUAUCGACGGUUCGGGCAUUCCCUCCCGUGGAAGCAUUAGACAAACUCAUCAGAGUUUUCCUGACACGUGAGAAAAACCUGGAUUUGGACUUCGUUCAUCUUCCAACCUUCGAUAUCUCGGGUUGCAGUCUUUACCUCCUUAUCUCAUGCAUCGUCGCAGGCGCCUCAUCAUCACCAACUCGAUCAGUUCGUAAAUUCGGCCUAGGGCUUUACGAUAUCUCGCGAUAUCAUAUGUUAAGAAUGGCUGAGCAUGAUAACCGUCUUUACCGAGAUAUUUCCUACAUUCAGUCGCUUUCAAUACUCUCGGAAGUAGGUCUUUGGAGUGGCGAUCAGAGAAUAUCUGAACAGUCUGAUAUUUCAUCCCAGAUCGUCGCAUCGGCUCUCCGAAAUUGGGGUUGCUUCUCUCAAGAUGCAUAUGUAGACUAUGCGACUGACAUGUCCAGCACCGCGCAUGACCUAGACAAAGCCUGGAGAGAAUGGGCAAAACAAGAGUCCUUGAAGCGAACUACCUUCAAGCAACUCAUUCAAUGCACUCAACGAUCUGUUGUCCGAAAGAUUCCUCCUCAGAUUUCCCCGUUCGAGGUUCACACUCCCCUUCCAGGAGAUGCUCAAUCUUGGUCCGCAAACUCAGCCAUCGCUUGGAAGAAUCUCUACGCGAGGCAUCAAUCGACAUCCCCGAAGAAGACAAUGAAUCUUUUAGAUGCUUUUGCUAAGAUUCCAGCACUUGAAAUACCCUCUCCACCCUACAACAUCAAGGCGGUUGACUUGUGUCUUCUCUAUACUUUCCUUUCCAUGCUUGUGGAAGAUUACCGUCAAGUGCACGCCUUCCAAGGGCGUAGGGACUUUGGUUGGUCAUUUAACGACUACUCACAAGUACCGAUGCUGAAUCGUCAGGUUUCUUUGUACAGCGAGCUGCGUCACUCCAUCAACGCAGAUCCGUAUCGCUCGUCGUCAGCUGUCGUAGCAUUCAUGUUUGAUUUCAAUAUCCUUUUCUCAAGUACACCAUUACACCUCUCUGACACACUUCUUAAUUAUACUAAGCGACACUCGAGCACUGAAAUAUUUUUACAGCUUCGAGAGUGGCAGCAAACUCGCUCAAGUAGACGCGCAAUCUGGCAUGCUGGCCAGGUUAUUAGAGCCUGUAGGAUGAUAUCUGCCGCUGAGCGAACAAGUUUCCACGUAUUUGGAAUGUAUCAGGCUCUUCUUUGCCUCUGGAUUUAUUGGACAACAACAAAGUUAAGAAGAGCAUCUAGCACAACAUUUCGUAAUACCAAAACGCACCAGAUCCUUUUAGAUGGGCCUGAGACCAUAGAAUCGCAGCAAUGGAUAAAUCACAAUGCUGGUAAUCCGUUUCUACGAAGAUCAUAUCAAGCUGAGUCAAGUGGUAUCGCGCUUAAUCUCUUCGCUAUUGACGCAACGAAUCAACAAGAACCAAGGCUCGCUCUAUUCGACGUGUUAACAGACUGUUUCGAUGAACAGGUUAUCGGGCGCUAUAUGCCUAUACUGCAGUCUGCCCAAAUGGUCUUACAGGCGCUGGAACGAGUCUAA